UGUCAUAUGUGAACGCACCCUGCUUGCUAUACUAGCUAAACAAGAGGCACAGAUAAUUGACUAAUAAUAGUGCUUUAAAAGCAUAUGUGACAUAUAAUAGUUGGCUAGUAUCAGUAUUAAUGUAUCGUCACAACGUUCUGACGUCUUUAUCAAGUGAAAAUGGUUUACCUGUCGUCUGCACAGUAUUUCCUCAUUGGUUUGAAUUUUAUGCAUGUAUUUGGAAGCGAUUGUGGUCCAGCAGAAUACAAAAAGUCUGAUGGGCAGUGCUGCCCAAUGUGUGGUAGAGGCUUGGUGGUCCGCAGAGAUUGUACAAUAGAGUCCAGCACAUCUUGCAUACCCUGUAUCAGAGGGACCUUCAUGAACGAGGCCAAUGGUCUAACCAAGUGCUUUCCCUGCAGUCCCUGUGACACAGGACAGGGCCUGUUCACUCAGACAGAGUGCAAACCAACAAGUAACACAGUCUGCGACGUUCUAGAUGGAUUCUACUGUAGAAGCUACUCAUCCAACUCUAAGUGUAGCUUUGCAGUAGAACAUACACACUGUUCAGCGGGACAGAGUACUAAAUCACCUGGAACAAAGACAACAGAUACCAUGUGUGAGGAUUGUCAACAUGGCUUUUACUCACAACAUGAUGUGAACUGCACUGCUUGGACUGAUUGUGCAGCAAUGGGACACGUGAAGACUAAAGAUGGAAAUUCCAGUGAAGAUGUUAUUUGUAACAAAGUGCCACCAAGGAGUCAUGUCACUAUAAUAGCUCCAAUAUUAUUAUUAGGCCUGACAGUAACUGUACUGUUUUGUUUCUACCUGGCAAGAGCUAAAUGUAAGAAAGAGUUGCAUGUUAUCUCUGAGGUUCCUGUGCAAGAAACGGGACAUGUACAAGUCACCAGUAACUCCCUAGUGGAAACAGCAGAAAAUGUGCCUGGUAAUGUUGUAACUGAUUGACAGUCAGCAUCCACUAAACUCAGAGGAAGUGCCAUGAAUGCAUGCAGAUACCCAGAAGGCUGUAAAACUAGAGUACUAAUGAACAGCAAUGCAUUUGCUCCUGCAUUUUGACUAAUAAGCGCACUUAUCUGGAGUGGACUGUUAAAUACAGUGACAGAAAUUGGUUAACUUUAUCCACAUGUUCUUAUAUUUACCAAAACAUUGUUACUUUUUACUUAAACUUUUUAUAUUAACAGUACCUGUGCAUUUAACAAAACAAUUCAUAUUUCACUGUUUUGAUGAUUGUUUGAAUAACAUUUCAAUUGUAUUCCCAUGUUUUAACACACUUGUACAUUUGUCAAUAUUGGCAAUAAUGAUCAACAUCAGAAUACAGUGGUGCCACAGGUGCACCAUGGACAUGUAAAUAGUACACACAUGUAAAUAGUGCCAUACAUGCACCCAAUUGUAUUCAGUCGGCUCAUAUGACUUUUGUUUGCCUUGAUGUUUUUUGCAUUGUUUUCCUUGUAUUUUUCUCUUUUGUUCAUGUUUUGUUGUUGGUGGGGGCUUGGGGGUGUAUAAUGAUUUAAUUGUAUUUAUUUUUUGGCGGGGGGUUGUUAAAGAGCAGCUCUCUGGGAACUGUGGGGGGGAUCUUGGAGGGCUGGGGGUUGAGAGCUUGGGCCGGUGGCUGAUAGGUUGCUGGAGAUCUGUCGACGUGCUCUUGAGCAGGGCACUGCCCCUGGUUGCUUCUGUGAGUCGCUCUCAAUGGGAGUCCGUUAGAUGACUGAAAAAUGUAAACGUAACAUAAACAAACAAAAAAAGAGCAGAUGCAAGUAGAUUGUAUGUUUAAUAUUCAAUUAUAAAAAAUACACUACCGGUGUAUUCAAAUAGCCACGCUUUGCCAUGACAGCUUUGCACACUCUUGGCAUUCUCUCAACCAGCUUCAUGAGGUAGUUACCUGGAAUGCAUUUCAAUUAACAG